AUGUCGCAGUCACUAUCUCGGCGACUGGCGGCCUGCUGUCUGCGGUCCGAUGCCGCAAAAGUAGGGUCUGGGCCGAAGCAUCUACGAAGGACAGUAGUCACAAUCCAACGACAGAUCCCCGAACGACUACGAGUCCCGGAGGAUCUUCCCUCACAGUACUGGGCACAGCUGCCGCCGCGGCUGCGACCAGAUUUUGUCAAACGAGAAAUUACAGUCCAUCCUCCACCACCUUCGGAGGUUGAGCAAUGUAAAGAGCCGAUCAAGCUCAUAGACGCACAACAGCUGGCACGGCUAGACCCUACCGGCGCCCGACAGAGGAUGUUCGACAGGACAAAUCGAGACCGGUCACAGCCUGGCGACAUAUUACACGUCACGUUCAAAACAGGCGAACCAUUUUCGGGCGUCAUCAUGUGGAUCAAAGGGUCUGGUCCGCACAAGUCAGUCAUGCUGAGGAGCCAGCUUACAGGAGUCGGAAUGGAGAUGAGCAUCAAGAUACAUAGUCCGGAGGUGCAGAGUAUGGAGAUUGUGAAGAGAGCGGCAAAGAGAGCGAGGAGGAACAAAUUGACAUAUCUACGGAAGCCCGAGCACGAUCAGGGAAGUGUCCAGAGGACGGUCGACCAGUAUCUGCGGGAACGAGCACAGCUUAUGGGCAAGAAAACUGCUACCACGACGCCUGUGGUGAGGAAAAAGAGGGCGAGGAGGUAA